AUGAUCGGAUACCGCGGUAGUGGUCUUCGGACACUGCAGGCCGUAACCUUAAUGUACACGGCGUUUUGCGUUCAAACAGUCCAACCGGCGUGCAGUGAUGACAAUACUGCAGACGGUGGUAAUCGUGUAGAAAUGCUUAUGUGGCUAACAGACCCAUGUCGGUACGAUCGUUGGACAAGACCAAUACCAUCAGACAGUAACAGUAAAACCACUAAAACCGGAGCACCAACGCGAGUAUCUGCUAGAGUAUAUGUAUACUUUUUAGGAUCAGUAGAGGCCCAACAGCUGCAUUUUACGGCCCAUUUAUUGAUACGGUAUCGAUGGCGGGACGAUCGGCUCAUACAUUCUUCUUCCAAGUCUUCUAUACAAGGUGAGAAUAAACUUAGGGAACGAGUAUGGACUCCGCAUGUUUACAUCGUCAAUGAACACGACUCUAACAUAAUGGGAUCCGGUCGUCAAGAUAUACUAGUCACGGUUCAACCAGAUGGAACAGUUUUGUACUCAGCUAGGCUAAAAGUGUCAUUAUUAUGUAUGAUGAAUUUGCAAAAAUUCCCAUUUGAUCAACAAACAUGUCCUUUGAUACUGGAAAGCUGGACUUACAAUAAUACUCAUUUGGAAUUGGUGUGGGAACACGAUUCUCCUGCAGUAUUAAAUAGCAAUUUGCGAAUGACUGAAUACAACUUAGUUUCAAUUUGGACUGAUGCAACGGUCAGUGAAUACGCGUUGUUGUCACCCUCCGAAGAUAAAAAUGUUAAAAAAAAUGAAUAUUCUCCAUUAUCCGUUGAAGUCGUUGAACAUGUACAUUAUUAUGGAAAAUUUGCUGGUAACUAUAGUCAGUUAAUAGUUAACUUUGAAUUAGAACGUGAAGUUGGUCACUAUAUAAUGGAUUAUUACGUACCAAGUAUUAUGCUUGUAGUUGUAUCAUGGGUAUCGUUUUGGUUAGACCCAAAUGCAGUACCUGGUCGCACAACGUUAGGUACCAGUACAAUGUUAACAUUCAUUACACUAUCCAGAAACAUAGGUAGCUCAUUACCAAAAGUUUCUUACAUUAAAGCUACUGAGAUAUGGUUUCUUGUGUGCACAGCAUUCAUAUUCGGUUCGUUAGUGGAGUUUGCAUUUGUCAAUACCAUAUGGAGACGGAAAAAAAACGUGGAACUGAAAAAAGUCAAUAGUAAACAUAUUUUUAAGUCGACAUUAACACCUCAAAUGCAACGUAAGUCAAUAUCUGUGGACAACGGUAUUGACAGAGGAGCUACUAGUGGUAGUCCCACAGAAAGAAGUGGAAAAUUAAAUAGAAGAGAAAAUAGAUCGAAGAGCUUUCUGACUGUCGGUGAUUUGAAUUCAGCUGUAUGCACCAAUCCAGAACCUCUUGAAAAUUUUAGUAUCCGGGUACCAACGUUGAAUGAUAAUAAGACUGUCGGUGGCGGAGGUUUGUUUACAUUGACUCCACAAGAGAUCGCUCAAUGGAUCGAUCAACGCAGUCGUAUUGCAUUUCCUGCAGCGUUUCUUGUAUUUAAUUGUUUUUAUUGGCUUUAUGUAUAUGUUUGAACAAUACGAU